UCAAGAUCAGCUGAUCUCCAGUGCCCAGGCUCUUUCCUGAAUAAGGCAUGGAAGCCAUCCAGUGAGAUCUACCUCCAGGUGAAUUCGGUAAUAGUGCCUGAGACUAAUUGACCCAGGAAAUCAAUAUGAUGCUCAACGCCUCUACCGAAGACGGCAUUAAAAGAAUCCAGGAUGACUGUCCCAGAUCCGGAAGGCACAGUUACAUAUUUGUCAUGAUCCCCACUUUAUACAGCAUCAUCUUCGUGGUGGGAAUAUUUGGGAACAGCUUGGUUGUGAUCGUCAUCUACUUUUACAUGAAACUGAAAACUGUAGCGAGUGUUUUCCUCUUGAACUUGGCACUGGCUGACUUAUGUUUCCUGCUGACUUUGCCCCUCUGGGCUGUCUACACCGCAAUGGAAUACCGCUGGCCUUUUGGCAACUACCUGUGUAAGAUAGCUUCGGGCAGCGUCAGUUUCAACCUCUAUGCCAGUGUGUUUCUGCUCACCUGUCUGAGUAUUGAUCGCUACCUUGCUAUUGUCCACCCCAUGAAGUCCCGUCUUCGGCGCACAAUGCUAGUGGCCAAGGUCACCUGUAUUGUGAUCUGGCUGCUAGCUGGCUUGGCCAGUUUGCCAACAGUUAUCCACCGCAAUGUGUUUUUCAUCGAGAACACCAAUAUCACCGUGUGUGCCUUCCACUAUGAAUCCAAAAAUUCCACCCUCCCCAUAGGGCUAGGUCUCACCAAGAAUAUACUAGGCUUCCUAAUUCCCUUUCUGAUUAUUCUUACAAGUUACACUCUGAUCUGGAAGGCCCUGAAGCAGGCUUAUGAAAUUCAGAAGAACAAGCCAAGGAAUGAUGAUAUUUUCAAGAUCAUCAUGGCAAUUGUGCUUUUCUUCUUCUUUUCCUGGGUCCCCCACCAAAUAUUCACCUUUCUGGAUGUCCUGAUUCAACUGGGCGUCAUCCAGGACUGUAGGAUUGCAGAUAUUGUUGACACAGCUAUGCCCAUCACCAUUUGCAUUGCUUAUUUUAACAAUUGCCUGAACCCGCUUUUUUAUGGCUUUCUGGGGAAAAAGUUUAAAAAAUAUUUCCUCCAGCUUCUGAAAUACAUUCCCCCAAAGGCCAAAUCUCACUCAAACCUAUCAACAAAAAUGAGCACAUUAUCCUACCGCCCCUCCGAUCCUGGAAGUUCAUCCUCUAAAAAGCCAGCCCCAAGGAUCGAGGUAGAGUGAGACAACAAAGCCUGUGAGGGAAUCACUUAGUAAGAGAAGGAGCAAGAGGAACAUCCCUUCAUUCCCAAAUGAGCAUCAGCUCUCGAUCCUUGUCAUAGGAACGUGGACAAGGUGGACUGAACUGAUUUUUCUAAAGCUCUGAACAAAAGCUUUGUUUUUCCUUUGAAAUCAAACAAAGCCACCAUGCCGCAUUCUGUGAUAUGUAGAUGACAGCCACUCCAAGGGCAUGUCAGAAUGUGACUGAGCAUGUGGAUUUGGACAUUUGCACUGGCAAGCAGAAAUGCAGUUUCCCCCAUCUGUUCCUACUCAAUUAUUCUUGAUUCCUGCAUGAAGGUGUUUAGAAAAUGUGAACACUUUUGAGCUACAUUUUUCAACCUUUUUCUUAUUUUAAUCCUUUCCUGACCUUGUUUUCUUCCUGUGGCACUCCUGUUCUACCACUAGACUCUCUUGGCUGAUGCUAUAUACUACCAUCCACUUACUCAAUUUUUUUCCAGUGGCCCCCGUGGAAUAUCCUGGGAGCUCC